GCGAGCAGGGCGGGCGAGCCCCGCACUCUCUCCCCAUGGCCCGGAGCGGGCCGCGGUGGCGGCGGCGCUGACAGGCCCGGGGCGGCGCGGGCUGGGGCCUGGGGCCGAGGGGAAGAUGAGCGCUCUCCUACAGCAGAAGGAGCAGCAGGAGAGGCUGCGGGAGGCCGCGGCCUUGGGGGACAUUCGGGAGGUGCAGAAACUGGUGGAGAGCGGGGUGGAUGUGAACUCCCAAAAUGAGGUCAACGGCUGGACCUGUUUACACUGGGCAUGUAAACGCAACCAUGGUCAGGUGGUCUCUUACUUGUUGAAAUCUGGAGCUGACAAGGAGAUUCUUACCACGAAAGGAGAAAUGCCAGUCCAGCUGACGUCAAGGAGGGAAAUCCGACAGAUAAUGGGGGUGGAAGAUGAUGAUGGUGGAGACAACCUCCCCCAGACGAAGAAGGAGUCAGAGCUGCCCUUCGUUCCCAACUAUUUGGCCAACCCAGCCUUCCCUUUCAUCUACACCCCCGUGGCAGAAGAUUCGGCCCAGCUGCAGAACGGGGGCCCCGCCACACCUCCUGCAUCGCCCCCCGCAGAGGGCUCUCCCCCGUUGCUCCCCCCUGAGGAGCCUCCCCUGCUCGGGGCCUUUCCGCGGGACCACACCUCUUUGGCACUGGUUCAGAAUGGGGAUGUGGCUGCCCCCUCUGCUAUACUCAGAACACCAGAAAGCACAAAACCAGGGCCUGUUUGUCAGCCACCAGUGAGUCAGAGUCGAUCACUGUUCUCUUCUGUCCCAUCCAAGCCACCAGUGUCCAUGGAGCCUCAAAAUGGGACAUAUACAGGACCAGCGCCAGCAUUCCAGCCAUUUUUCUUCACUGGAGCAUUUCCAUUUAAUAUGCAAGAGCUAGUACUCAAGGUGCGGAUUCAAAACCCAUCUCUUCGAGAGAAUGAUUUCAUUGAAAUUGAACUAGACCGACAGGAACUCACUUACCAAGAAUUGCUCAGAGUGAGUUGCUGUGAGCUGGGCGUUAAUCCAGAUCAGGUGGAGAAGAUCAGAAAGUUACCCAAUACUCUGGUAAGAAAGGACAAAGAUGUUGCUCGACUCCAAGAUUUCCAAGAGCUGGAACUGGUUCUAACGAUAAGUGAAAAUACUUUUCUGUUCAGAAAUGCUGCAUCCACACUGACUGAAAGGCCUUGCUACAACAGGAGAGCUUCCAAACUGACUUACUAAUGCAGCAGGCACUGUUCCCACCGAGCGCUGCGGCAGCGCACGUCCCCUCUGGGCCGAGGACAAGCCAUCGAUCUAAAUGCCUUGGAUGCCCGGGAGGGCCCCUGGUGCCCCUGAAUAGUGUACAUUAACAUUGUUCUGCCAAGGUAGGAAGUCCCUGACCCCCAAGCAGUGGUGCCAUUCUUCAAGCCUCUUGGUGCACAAUAAACCUAUUGCUCGAAGCUGUGAACAGUGGUCUGGGAGGCAGAAGCUGACCGUUUCUACAUCCAGUGUGUUUUACAUGUAGCGUGUUAAGAGAGUUGUCCAAGCAGAAUCUGAGAGAGAGUGAAGCCUACUUCUAGUCAUUCCUGUUGACGGUGCACCUGAAGGGCCGGGAUGUGCUUUUCUUGGUGUUGCGUGCUCACAACUCUCCUGAAAUGUGAACCGAUUCGAGAGGAAAACUGGGGAAACACAGGUACUGGACAAAUGGGUUUUAGCGUGACUUGUGGCUGUGAGGUUUCCUAUAACAUAUUUAUAAAUGUUACUCAGGUUAAAAGUAUUUAAGAAUACAAUUACCUAAUUGUAAAUAUGCUGUUAACCAAAAGAGCUUCCCCUCCCCUACUUUUUCCUUUGUAAACACUCAUGACUGCUUCUCUGUCUCUAGCCAGCCGUUGCCUAGACAGCCAUCUCUGCAUUAGCUCCCCUUCCUGGUCACUAGAGGGCUCUCCGAUGCCUUCCAAAAGAGCAACCACUUUUUUUAAAAAAAUAUUUUAAUGAAGUGAUUCCUGCCAUCCCCAUUUAAUUGCACCACGUGAGAAGAGCACAAACAUUGCCUGUCCAUGUUCUCCACUUUCAUUUUCCACUAGAAAUGAAAAGCCGUUUCUGAGACUGAAUCUGUUGCUGUUUUAAAGGUUAUUGUGGGAAACUGAACUAAAGGAGUUAACGUAUUUAUUUUUGUAUCAAAGAGAAAGGUUAUUUUGAAAUUAUUAGGAUUUUUUACAACUCCGAAAUCUGUUGGUUUUGUAAAUGAAUUCUUUGAUCUUGGGACUCCCCCACGAUCCCCACCGAUCCACUACUACCCCCAACAAAAUUGAGUGUGAGUCUCCCAGGCUCGUCCCGGAAAAAACAAAUACACACCCAAUUAAACUCUUGAUCAUGGCAUAAGAA